AGUCUGCCUGGUACCAACUUGACAACCAAGUUGGGAUUGUCAACUUGUGACAAUGCUGCUUCUCAUUUUUGCUGGAUACAAUUUGAAAGGUCGGCAGCCCGACUUCCAUUACGCGGUUGCUACAGGUUCUGAAGGAAAUGUUGUUGGGCGUCUAAGUCCUGCUGCAUGUCGAUGCGGCUGUGGGUUCCGGAAUCCUUUAAUCAAACGUUAUUCUUGACAUGCCAGCAGAGACCUGCCUGCUUUCACAGCAAAUACCACAGCUUUAAAUACCACAGCAUCUUUCCUGUCUGUAUACCCUUUCAACGACAGGACACCAGCAAAGCAACCUAGGCCACUGGCGUAACAUAUGGCGAGCAAGACAACUAGAACGCCGAAGAGAGUAGAAGUAAACCAGCGUGCGCUGGUCGAUAAAGUGCUCGCUCGAUAUCCCGAAGAGUUUACAGUGUUCCGAGAACUAUUACAGAAUGCAGACGACGCUAGAGCCAAGAAGGUCCUAAUAGAGUUUCAGACGAAGGACUACGCUACACAUACUGCGGGAGCGAACGGCAAGACAAAUGGAAUCAAUGGCACAACCGAUUUCCCGGACUUGCUCACAACGAAGUUGUACAAAUGGGUUGUUCGCAACAAUGGUGAUUAUUUCGAAGACAAGGACUGGGGACGACUGACGAAGAUUGCGGAUGGCAACCCGGACGAACAGAAGAUCGGGGCAUUUGGAGUUGGGUUCUACAGCGUCUUCGGUAUCACCGAUAGCCCGCAGGUCUUCUCUGGAGGUAAAAGCCUGUCGAUAUUCUUUCAAGGCGAUCAGCUAUAUACGUUGGACGAUACUUGUCCCCAGAGCGAGUGGACUUCCAUCGAGAUGCAGCUGAAGGAAGAUAUGCAAGUUCCCGUCCCGAAGCCAUUCGACUUGGCCAGGUUCUUGGCAGCUACUAUGACAUUCAUGUCAUGUGUGGAAAAUGCCCAUGUUUCUUUCAACGACAAAAUCUUCAUGAAGAUCGCCAAGUCCAGACAAGUACCCAGCUCCAUUCGUGUUCCCAAAGAUAUGAUACCGAGGAGCAAGGAGGACACGAUGCAUAUCAAGGGACUUUCAGUAGUUACCCAAGAAAUUUCUGUUGAACUCGCGGAAUGGGCACGCGCCGCUGGAACGAAGAUGAUAUCUACGCAUCGCCCUGGCAAUGAAAAUCUAUCAAAGGAUCCUGUGAAACGCAAAGGUUUUUGGGAUGGCUCAAAGCGCGAAGUCCCAAAAGUCGCCAAAGUCACUAAAGCUGUAUCUCGAGCGUCGACUUAUGAUCACCCGCCCUGGGUGACCCAUCGUGCCAAAUACGCGGUAUAUUCAGCUGAAGUUAUGACUACUCCUAACAAGGACCUUCAUAAGGGCUUACGAGCAAUGACGAAGAAGGAUCCUCCUUCCCACUUUGAUUUUGAGAUGGUCUACUUCUCCAAAGAGGAGCAGGAUGCAAGAACGGCAGAGGAGAAGAGGGAUCCGGACUUGGGAAGCAUAUUCAGAGGACCGCAGGGUCUAUUUCCACAACUAGAUGGGGAAUACAUGUCCCGGAUCUUCAUCGGCCAAAGUACAGCGCAAACGACUGGUAUUGGUGGGCACAUGUCUGGCCGGUUUAUUCCGACUAUCGAACGAGGAUCCAUUGAUCUGACAAACGGCCACAUUGCAAAAUGGAAUCAGGAGCUCCUGUAUGUAGGUGGAUUCCUUGCGAGGCUCGUAUAUGAACAGGAGAUUCGCAAGGUCUGGGAUGCUUGGCCUACAAUCAACGGUGUUGCUGUCCCGACUGCUGACGCUCGGGCGGCAGCUUCAAGAGAAAAGGCCUCAUAUGCUAUGCGCUACUUCACGUUCCAACCGUCCACUCCGGAUGCCAAAGUAUCGAAAAUCUUGCAAGAUGCAUUUUAUGACUGUUUCGACUAUUCCUCCAACGUUCAUUUCCCCAUCUUGACGAAUUCGGGUAUCUAUCACACCAAGGACGUUCGGGAGAUUCACACUGACUUUACCUCCUUCAUGAAAAUGGUGCCUACACAACUUCCGACGUCACCUGGCGACCCACCUAAUUUGGUUGACACUCUCCCUGAGAAGUAUGGUGUCCGGAUGUACACAUUUUCGGACGUGGUGAAAGAACUACAGCGAAGGAUCUUACAAGAAGAAGAAAUGAUCGGUUGUCUGCGGUGGUGGGUCAACUUCAUAAGUUCGCUUGAAGACGAUGAAGAGAGGGAAAGAACUCUCAUAUUUCUGCCCAAUCUGACCGAUAAUGCCAAGUCGCGAAUUGGGAAUUCAAUGCGCGUCAUAGAAUUUCGCAAUAUCACCAAGUUUGUCGAUUCCAAUAUUUGGCUCCCUUGGCUUCAGUCGGACGAUGCUCUUCCCCCAGACACUAUUCCGUUCUCGUUUACCAGACCUCUCAAUCGACAACACAUUUCCCCAUCUCUUUUGUGGCAGCCAAUGACACUUGUGGACUGGCUGACUCAUUUGAUAAGCCCUCAGAUAGACGCAGCCCAUGACAUUCGCAAAAACUCUACGUAUUCCAACCGUGUCUUGGGGGUUCUGGGGAACAUCUGGCCCAUGAUGUCCAGUGACAUAAAAACUCAGGCAAAGGAUCUCAUGCAGGACGUCCCAUGGAUCGCAACGAAUCUGGGAUUCCGGCCCCCUGGUGGAGCGUAUUUUCCAGAAGCAGACGUCUUCCAUGACUUGCCUGUUGUCUCUGUCAAUCUGUUUGAUCCACAGAUUCUCACUGUACUUGGUGAGCUUGGGGUCAAACGUCAUCUUGACUUUGAAGAGUUGUUUGCCAAGGCGGACAAAUUGAGCACGUGGUCAGCGAUGGAGAUGAUCAGGUAUCUUAACACUGACCCAGACGCCAUGGAGAGGCUGGAGGAAAUAAGGAAACACGCUGUUUUCCCUUGCGAUAAAGGCAAGAAAUACUGCAUCACUGACUUGUACCUUCCACAUGCGGAGAUACGUCCGUUGGGCCUACCAAUUCUCGAUUGGUCACGCAGGAUCGAUAAAGAUUCUGAAGAUGAGCAACUUCUGACCGAUAUGGGAUUCCUUCGACACCCGCCUUUGGAGAAGCUUAUUGAGAUUGCUGGAGACCCCGACCCUAAAGUUCAACGUGCUGCCUUUGGGUACCUUGCAAGCAAGUUCGAUGAACUCUAUGAUACAGAAUAUGAUCCUUCGAAAUACGACGAUAUGCCGUUUAUACCAGCUAUCCGAGAUGGUCAUGAAUGUGUCGGCGCUUACGAGGAGGUUUAUUCUGAUUCAUCAUGGGCGUUGAUGGGGUUCCAGAAAGUCCACCCUUCUGUCGACAGGAAGAUCGUUGGCCGACUGAGGAUGCGGGAAGCGCCAUCGGCAAGACAAGUGAUCGAUGUUUUCAGGACCAGUCCGCCCAAGGAUCCCAACACAGCGAUAAAAUGGUUCGCCUUUCUUGCAACAAAGCAAGUCCUCUCUCCUGGAGAUCUUCAGCAAAUCGCCGAGAUUCCUAUCGUUCCCGUCGUAGAAGGUUCCGUCGAACCUCGCCUGGUGCCACCUCGAGAGUGCUUCAUUGGUGGUAGUCAAUACGGAGACGACCACCUUUACCGCCGACUGUUUACCUUCGUCGACUUUGAGGAACGUGCAAAUCGGUUUCUGAAAGCUUGCGGCGUCAAAGCCAAGCCAGAUUGUUCCGACAUCCUCCACAUCCUAAUAAAGGACCCUAAGGAGUUCCUUAGAAAAGCUGGUGCAGACCCUGAAAAAUAUCUUGUCGAGCUUCGUGGAAUUGCGGUUGGGUAUGAGGGGCUCUCCGAAGAGGAUAAGAAAAGGAUGAAGAAUGCGCCGAUAUUCGUCGGCUAUCGCACAGUAAGGUCCUCGAAUUCAGAUAACACCACUCUCGUCGUCAGGGACGAAUUCCAACUCGUCACAGCAUCUAAGAUUCUACUCGCUGAUGACAUGGAAAACCGACGGAUCUUUGGAGAGUUUGUCUGGUUGGCUCCACAAGAUGAGUUGCUCGAAAAGCUCUACGAAUCUGUGGGAUCUGGAUAUUUGAGCGCCCAUAUCAAAUACAACGUGAAACCAGAUAGCGAGCAACAUAGGUGGACUCGCUGCGAGGAAGUUCGAAAGGCAAUUUUGGAGAAGUUACCCAUCUUUAUGCAUGAGUUUGAUGAACAACGUCUCAAGCAAGGCUCGGUGCAUCGGAAGUGGGAUGAUAAAUCACGCUUUCUCGUGAAAGGAUGCAAAGAUCUCAAAGUGGACAAGAGACUUGAAUCUAAUUACUGUAUCUCUACUGAACGUCAGAGAGAAAGUAAUGAAUUCUAUGUGUCCGCCGAGAUUACUACAGAAGAGAGCGGUCGUGUUGUGCUAUGGCUCAAGAAAACGGACCAUCUUGACAUGUAUGACGUCGCUGUCGCACUUUGCCGUCUGCUUUUCAAGACUCACAAGAAGCACGAUGUUCUCAGUUUGAUGACCAUAUUGGAGACGGACAAGGAGGUCUUGAGGAAACGAGGCUACGAUGUGGAUAGGAUUGAGCAAGCUCACGAAGCCGCUAAACUUGAGGACAAGAAGAAGGAAGAAGAGCGCGAAAAGGCAGCACGCAAUAAGCAUUCAGAGGAGUCCGGCGGAGGGCAGCAUAUUGGUGGCAGUAUCCACCUCCGGUCCAGAUUCCUUGAUUUCUUCAGGUGGCAGUCGGGAUCCAAGAAUGCCAAUAGAGUUAACGUCGGCGAAAUUGACGAUGCGAUCAAGGAGUUGAUGGAACAGUGUGCCAAAGGACAAGCUACCCCAGAAGAACAAAAAGAGAUCCGAAAUAGAGAACACAGGGGUGCAGGCAGGAAGCAGAAAGACGUUCAAUACUGUACUGAGCUGAAGAGCACCGCUCUGGAAUCCGUCGAUGUGGGUGGUGCUGCCGGUCUCAUACCCGUUUGGCGACAAAUCACUGCACAAGAGGCAAUUCCAGGCGAACUAACAGAGUUUGCAAACAUAGUCCAUGGACUCAACAGAGUUUUGGACCUGAGUAAUAACGAACACGGCAUAUUUAAUAUCUUCUGGCAUCCGGAGGAUCGUGACUUGAUGGGAUUCAACCGCAACCGAUUGAUUUUCUUAAACCUUGCACACUUCACCCAACACUCGCACAUGACGCCCGGUCAGGCAUACAUUCACUGGUACUAUAUCGUCGUGCAUGAGAUAGCCCACAACAAAACGCCUUUCCACGACGAAACUCACGAGUUGUUGGUUUCGGCACUAAGCGCUCAGUUCCUGCCACGUUUGCACGACGUGGUAGAGGUCCGCGAGUAUCUCAAUUGCGCAACGAACAUUUCGUAGCGGAUAUUCGGCUUGGUUGCCACGGAUGGGACUCCAGAGGUGUAUUUAUAAGUUGUGUUGUGCAUUAGCAUUGACGGCAGCGACCUUGUUCCACAAGUGUUGUGUACCAUCGACACAUUUUUUGGGGAAGACAUGUGGAUCAUUCAUUAUACAUCAGCGGUAUGCUAAUAUUAACAAACUUUCAAGAGUAGCGAGCUGCAGUCAUAAUCAGGAAAAACUAUGCCAAUUUUGUCAUCUGAAUACAACGUGAUGCUACAUUGUUAGUACAACACAUGACGGUUUCU